GCUCUAUAUACAAACAGGUUUACAAACAGAACUAAACUAGACAAUGAAAUCCACACGUGCUUUUUUUGUGGUGAAAUCACUUUUGACUUUAGUGUAAAUAGUCCCUACUUAAAAUGAGAGGCACUUUCGUUUUUCGACUGACUCAAAAUCCGUGUAACUAUUUCUGACAGUGAGUCACUUGUGAAGUCAAACUUUUGAACUCUCUGCUUCAACUCAGUGCACCAGCACUAUGCGUGGAACGUGGGAUCCUUGGUACUUAAUAGGCCAAACCCGAGACUGUGGGAAAUUGUGCAGCAAAAAGCACCCAUGUAUUAUCAUGGUAAUUUCGGUGGGUGGAGGUUUGCGGGGGAGAAAGAGUACAUGUUAAACGAGGUUAAGUGAGUCUGUUUAGUUUCUAGUUUUAUCAAGACUACGCUACCGCAAACUCAACUUUCAUAAAUAGUCGUGGGAAAGCGAAAAAGUUUCCCGACUAACGUUACCUGGAACUGCAGAAAAAUGACGGCCUCUAAUAUCGGCAACGGUCCGGAGAAGAAUUUCAACGCAAAAGAAGAGCGAAAGCUGCGGAAACCCUUGAUAGAAAAGAGACGCAGAGAGAGGAUAAACUCAAGCCUUGAGCAGCUAAAGGGCAUUAUGGUGGAUGCCUACAAUUUGGAUCAAUCUAAAUUGGAGAAGGCAGAUGUUCUUGAGAUAACAGUUCAGCACAUGGAGAACCUUCAAAGAGGUUCAGGUGGUAGCCUCAGUCCAGGCACUGGAUUUGAGUCUCGACAAAGAUACAGUAGCGGCUAUAUUCAGUGCAUGCAUGAGGUGCACAACCUCCUCCUGAGCUGCCCUGGGAUGGACAAGACUCUGGGUGCACGUCUGCUAAACCACUUGCUGAAAUCUCUUCCCCAUAUCAGUGGCGAAGCCAGCAGCACGAGUUCUGUUGGCACCCCCAGCCCUCUUCCUCUAUCCCCUACGCAGUCCCCUCUAAACCUGCCCUCUUUACAUCCCCACCCUCUCCACCUGCACACCCCUCCAACUCCUUCCCCACCCUCCAGCCCCACUCACUCUCCCAGAGUCCCACCGAUUAGAGAGAGAGCACGCGAACAGUCCUCUCCCCCCAGGUCUCCUUCUCCUCAGUCUCCAGCACAAUCGGCCCUUCCCCCUUUCUUUCCAGGAGCUGAUCCCUCUAUGUGGAGACCCUGGUGAAUGAAUCCAGCCCAGCCCCCCAUUUGCCCUCCCCUUGCCCUUCCUUGGCCUGCCCUCUUCUGCCUAAUAGUUUCCAUUACAUUUGAUCUCUUGGGAGGUUGGAGUGCUUUCCACUCAAAGGGGUGCAUCAUAUUGAGUUACAAAGUCCCAUGGGUUUUUGUGAUAUCAUUUAAAGCACUGUACUGCAUGUUCAUGUUUUGAGGGUAUGAUCACAAAUUACACCAAAGCUGCCCACGUUGAGUGUAUAUAGUAGUAUUACUGUCUUGACCACUUGUAGGGGAAGUUUAGAUUACUUCGCUUUUUCUUUUUUUUCUAGCUGGGUUUUAGAUGUAAUGUGCUGUGGGUUUUAGGGGAUUUGUUGAAAUUAUGCAUGUUUCUCUACCUUAAAUGCAAACACUAAUAGUGACCCAGAAAGGGUAGAACUGACAAGAUCAUUUGUGAAAAAUAUACUCCAUCCUUGUAUAUUACAAGAAGAGAGGAGUCUGACUAGUACCUCAUAUUGAAGCAGUUAAAACUGAUUUUCUUUGUGAAAAAUCAGAACUGUGUACUGACUUUGUACUCUCAAAACAUUUUAUAAUGUUGAUGAUUAUGAUAAAGGUGAUUUAAAAAAAAUAAAUGAA